ACCUUACCCCGGGCCGAGGCCGAACCACCAUCGCAGGGCUCCGUGAAUUAAACGACAUCCGGAUGAACCGAGGUUUGUAAUCGAUAUAGGGAAUGUAUGAAUAUAUGAAUUGAGCCUCACUCACCUGUUCAGCGUCUGCUUCUCUGCAUCCUUCCUGUUGUUUGUGCAAGUGUUGCUCUCAUAACUUUCUCACAAUGGCAGACCAACCUCUCAUUCUGUAUCAUUACCCCUUCUCGCCUUAUGCGAGAAGACUGAUUUGGUAUCUCAAGAUCAGGGGAAUUCCAUACUGUCAAUGCCUCCAACCCCCCAUCCUCCCCCGCCCCGACCUAUCAACCCACCUCUCCCUCAACUACCGCCGCAUCCCCCUCCUCGCCCACGGCGGCGACCUCUACCUCGACACCCGCCUCAUCCUCAACCUCCUCGACACCCUCUUCCCCCCUCCCCCCCUCACAGCAGACCAAAAAACCAUCACCCACCUCCUCUCCACCCUCACAACCGCCACAACCCUCUUCUUCAAAGCCGCCGAGCUCCUCCCCUCCUCCCUCCCCGUGAUGAAAGACCCCAAAUUCCUGAGAGACCGCGCCACAUUCUCUCCCGCAACCUUCGCCGCUCCCCGCACGAAAGAAGACCGCGCCCUUUCCCGGGCGGAAGCCCUCCUUGAAAUCCAAUCCUCAGUCCGUUUACUAGAAGAGACCAUCCUCAGCGAUGGCAGGAACUGGGUCCUCGGCGGGAAGGAGCCCACACGCGCAGAUGUGGAAGGGGUGUGGGUCAUCCACUGGCUUUUGACCCUUCCCCCUCCUCACAACGACAAUGCUCUUGACCCUGCUGUCAUAAACAAGACGCGCUACCCGAAGACGAUGGCGUGGGUGAAUAGGUUUGACCAGUUCAUCAAUGCGCUGAGUGGGAAGGAAGGGAGGGUCAUCAAGGGUGGGGAAGCGGCUGAGCUGAUUUUGAAGGGGAAGAGGGGGGGGGAUAUCGGGGUGGAUGAGGCUGAUCCGGUGGUCAAGGUUCAGGGACUGAAGAAGGGGGAUGUGGUGGAGGUUUUUCCUACUGAUACGGGGAGCGCGUUCAAGGAUAGGGGGAGGUUGGUGGGGGUGGACGAGAAGGAGGUGGUGUGGGAGAAUGAGAAGGGGGUUAGGGUACAUGCGCCGAGGUUGGGGUUUAGGGUUUUGGGGGUGAAGGGACGGCCGAGCUUGUAGAGGGAAAAGGGGGGCGAUGACUGCUUUUUAGAGCGUUGUGUUUGAUGUUUCAAGUCGGUGCUUUGUGAUAGGAUGAAUCUGUGAUAUGGGCUUUCUUUCGAUCAAAGUGGGCGAGCUUGAUGUACAGUUCUGUUGUUGAGAAUGCCCCGUUUGGAGCAACAUCGGAUUUUGAAUAACAAAAGCUGGGAUUUAGACAUCAAAAGCCACCAGCUUAGAUAGUAAAAGCCAAGGCUGUAAGAGACAAAUACGGAGAUGAGAUAAAUAUAAGCUUAGAUUGAAUAUCCUCAAAUAUAUUCUAUCCAUUUUCAUCCACUAUAACUUUAUA